AUGCCGGAUAUUGAGGACAACCAAGAGCAGACCAAGAACCAGAUGGGCUCACUGCGGGAACAUUUUGAUGCAGAAGUUACCGAAUCAUGGGCCGAUAUGGUACUCAUCGGGAGCAGCUUCAUCACUGGUUUGCUGGACUCGGCGGUAUUCAACGUGUGGUCAUGCUUUGUAUCAAUGCAGACAGGUAACACACUUUACCUUGGUCUCGGUGUUUCUGGCCAGCCCAAAUCAUCACCAUGGCGUUGGGCAAAGUCGGGAGUUUCAAUCGUCGCAUUCGUCAUGGGCGCUUUCAUCUUCAGUCGAAUCAUGAGAUAUCUCGGUCCCCUUCGACGAAGCACGAUGAUAGCGUCUUGGUUGAUCCAAGGCGUGCUGAUCUACGCAUGUGCAAUCCUCGAGAACACUGGUGUCGUACCGAACAACGCAGGCGACAUUUUACCUGACAGUUUCAUUGUUCUCUUGCCGCUGAGUCUGUUGUCAUUCCAAUCCGCUGGACAAAUGGCCAUCUCGAGGGUCCUUGGCUACGGCGAACUUACCAGCGUGGUUCUCACGAGUGCUUACUUUGAUUUUGCCUUUGACGAGAAAGUCUUGACUGGUCCGACUCGCAAUGUUAAGCGCAACCGCCGAGUCGCCAGCAUGAUCAUGGUACUUUUAGGUGCAAUUGCCGGCGGCUUUUUGACCACGGAUGAGGACAUCUCGAGUGUCUUAUGGAUAUCGGGUACGCUCAAGAUCGCAAUCGCGAUCGUGUGGGUGUUCUGGAAGUCCAAGGGAUCUGUCAGAUUGGAGUAG